AUGGAGCCAAUUCGCGAUUCGUCACUUCAGCAGUCUAGUUUAUCUCGUGCGAAUGCUACCUACGGAGGCGUAGAUACCUUGCUAGAAAAUAUCAGUGGGUCGGCACGAGCCCCUAACCAAAUUAACGGCAGCCAAUUCACUUUAUCCUCUAUAGAUCGGACUGGUCAAGAAAUUGAUAGAAAGUCAGUUAGUCAGGAUGCCCCUGAAGCUGUGAUUGAGUCAGAGGAGGCAGAUAAUGGAGCUAUUUCUUAUAUGAACUCGACUUUAGCUGAAGUGAUGAUGGGUAUUCCUGGAUCACCAGUAGGACCAAGAGGCACCAAUAGGUUUGGAGGGCCCGAGAUUAAUCUUCACCCAAUUCAGGAUACUGGGUCGCCACGUCUUACAAAAUCAGUUCAGUUUGCAAGGGUAAAUGUAUCACGGCAUCCUGAUGGUCAAGCUCAAUCGCCGCAUGUCGCCUCAUGGCAUCAGCGUCGCCAGGCAGUCCAUCAACGUCGACUUAUCAAUUUUAUCGGCUCUGAACAUCUUUCGGGGGACGGAUCGGUCGAAAGAGGUCAAGUCGAGCAAUCUUUGCCGAUAGUCUUACAGCCAGAAGAGAAGGAUGAACCUGAAAGUUGGCACUGGUUGGUAGAGAAGCUACGUUUUGCAAUAGAAGAGUGUGCCGUGACUAGCACCGAGCUAAUGCAAAAUAGCAAUGGCUCACCUCUGUCUCAUAUUGCCUGCAAAUCGCUCGACCUCACUUCCGCAAAUGAGCCAAAAGCAUUCCUCACCAAAUCUCAGCCACAGAUACCCGACGCGCCGGCUACUUAUAUAGCUGGAAGCGAAGCUGGUUUACUCAUAUCUCCAGUGGACCAGAUGGCUUCUGUGGUAACUGAUCCUAAAUCGGGACAUUUGGAAGCCAAGGAGACAGAGGUAACUCCCCUUAUCCGCCAACGACCCGCUGGGGUGUUGCUCGGCGGUGGCACCUGCUGUCGGCCAACUUCCGAACUGCGUGAGACUGAACGCAGCAUUCAGUUCGGAGGCCGUUUUUUCAUGUCUAGUCUCCGACCUGCACUCAGUAUGCCCGACGGCCUCUCAAGCUUUGUGUCGCCAUCAUCUCUCUUCCGCCCAGCUGUUCCACUUGUCACGAUGAAAACAGACGAUAAUGACGGUUUGGUGACCAGCCUUGCUCGCUUUUCAACUGUCCCCAUCUGGCGAAAGUCGGAAAGAAACGACCAACUUGCAGCUCAGUUGGAGAAUUCUGUUCCAAUUUCUGAGCUGGAGGCACUUCGGCAGACGUUGAAGAAAGACUUUGUUUCCCGAGAUGAGUAUGAGCAAAAAUUGGAGUCUUUUCAGCGUGAGUUGGAUGAGGCUCAUCUUGUUUCAGAAGAGCUGCAUCGGGCUGCCGAUCAAGCCAAUGAACACUUGUGUCAGGAAAAAGAAAGAGUCGUUCAGCUUGCAGCCCAGUUGGCGAAUUUUGUUCCAAUUUCUGAUCUGGAGACACUUCGGCAGACGUUGAAGAGUGACUUUGUUUCUCGAGAUGAGCACGUGCAACAAUUGGAGGCUCUUCAGCGC